AUGGCGAAGUCUCAUGGAGAGGUUCCGGCGACAUCGGAACUACCACCUCCUCCUCCGCAGGAAGCAGCCGCCAUCACCAGUGCUGGUCCGGCGAGGCCGAUCCGUCUAGUGUAUUGUGACGAGAAAGGAAAGUUCCAGAUGGAUCCUGAGGCAGUCGCAAUUCUUCAGCUCGUCAAAGAGCCAAUUGGGGUAGUCUCCGUCUGUGGUCGCGCUCGGCAGGGCAAGAGCUUCAUUUUGAAUCAGGUAAACUGUGAAAAAAUUGAACGGUUUUGGAAAAUUUAAUUUUUAUAUUACAAUCUCAAUCCAGGGUUGGCUAUUUGGUGCUAUUACUUGAAUUUUCUGGAGACUUGAUGUAUAGUUUGUGAUUGUAUGGUCUUGUGUGGAGUGUGUUACUAAUUGAGUGAUUAGGGUUUUUGGUUGGUGGUAUAGUGAACUGUAAUUAUAAUUGGUACUAUGAAAAGAAUUGAGGGGCUAUUGCUUAAUGCAAUGCGAAAGUGCUUGGGUGUGGGUUUGAAUUAGAGAGCAGUUUCUUUGUGCAAAAAUGCCAAAAGUUAGGUCUGACUCCACUACACAUCCUACUGUGUGAGCGAUAUCAAAUUAUAAUACUAGUGUAGA